AUGACCCGAUUCCGACCCUGCAUUGACCUCCAUGCCGGCCAGGUCAAACAGAUCGUCGGCGGCACCCUGAGCGCCCAGGAAUCCGAGCUGAAGACCAACUACAUCUCGCACCAUCCGGCUGGACACUUUGCGACUCUCUACCGCGACGCCGAUCUGUCGGGCGCUCAUGUUAUCAUGCUGGGGCCGGGUAACGAACAGGCUGCGAAGGAGGCUCUCGCCGCCUGGCCAGGACGCCUUCAGGUGGGUGGUGGCAUCACCGACGCCAACGCAAAGGAAUGGAUCGACGCUGGCGCCGAGAAGGUCAUUAUCACGUCGUUCCUGUUUCCGAGCGGCCGCUUUUCCCUGGAUCGACUGAAAUCCGUGCUCUCGAAGCUGGGAGACGACAGGGACAAACUCGUCAUCGACCUCAGCUGCAGGAGGAAGGGCGAUACGUGGUUCGUCGCCAUGAACAAAUGGCAGACCAUCACCGAGAUGGAGAUCACCAGAGAGAGCAUCAGGAUGCUCGAGCCCUAUUGUUCGGAAUUCCUCAUCCAUGCAGCCGACAACGAAGGUCUUCAGCAGGGCAUCGAUACAGAGCUCGUCACGAGGUUAUCCGACUGGUGCACGAUACCGGUGACAUAUGCUGGCGGCGCCCGCACGGUGGCGGAUCUGGAUCUGGUGAAGCAAUGUAGUCAAGGCAAGGUCGAUUUGACCAUCGGCAGUGCAUUGGACAUUUUUGGCGGAAGUGGAGCCAGAUUCGAAGACUGUGUCAGGGCUUUCUCCCAUCACGACGUCGACGCCAUCGCUGUUGCUUCUUACAAGGCUGUCCAAAGUCUUCUGGGGCACUUCUUCGCCGCCAGCGUCCUGCUCAGCAGCAAUAGUCUCAUCAGCACUACCCAUUCCGCCGUCCAGAUCCAUGUCCUCCACUACCGCAUCAUUCCUCCGGUAUCCCAGCUUGAUCAUCCAUGUCUGGCCGUCUACCUCCCUUUCUACCUCAUAUCCAACCUCGGCUUCCUCGACGAAUUCGCCUCUGUGAAAUAUCCGUCGUCCAGCCCCCCAUCUACACCAGCCUGCGGCAUUCUUCUUUCCUCUGAUCCUCCACUUGCGGUUCCUAUGCAUCAGCUCGCUCGCUCGCGUGAUGCUUUCCAGCAAAACAUCCCAGUCCAACAUUGA